AUGCUUGAAGACAAGGAACUCAUUGGUGUCAAAACGAAGAUUGUCCUUGUAGAGUUGGUCUCGGUUCUUGGUCAUGAUGCUGUCAUACGCUUACUUGGAGAGAAUGUUCCUGUCCAUGUUCAUAUUGCUAUGAUUUUGUUAGAGUACUUAUGGCAUGAAGAUGACUCUCUUGCUUGUCUCGCUGUUGAAGCAUUAGUGCAACUUCUUGGAGCAUUUGGGUCAAAAGAUCUAUUGUCUGAAGUCCUUGAAAAUCUCACAGGAAUGUGCAUUGAUCAAAUAACCUACAAGAGAAAUUUGCCCGCGUUCCAUUUUCUUGGGAAGCUUCUGCAGAAGAUACCAGUGGUGGUGAAGCUGAUCUUUCAGAUACAUGGAACCUUUCUGGAUUAUGUCUGCUCUGGCCUGUCGGAAUCUGACGAAGCUGUCCAGUCAGCGUUAAUCUAUGUUCUCAACCAUUUCUAUCAGCCAGGAUGCAUACAGGGUGUGUCACCGUAUGUCCACAAAGCUGUUGUGGAGAAUUUACCAAAAAUGAUCAUUACAACAAACCAACAAGAUUUGCAGAUGAACAUCAUUGGUCUACUAAAGCUUGUUCUAAAUGUGCCUCACUUGACUCAACAACUGAUGUUGUCCAACGGCGAUGACACCACUCUGGCAGCUGGACUGAAGAAGUUACUAAUCUGUCAUCGUGACAUCCUGCAGAUUGCUACAGUUCAGUGCAUCUCCCAGGUGCUCACUCAGGACCAAGGAUGUGCAUAUGCUGACGACUUCCUACAUGUAGAUGUUGCAGAGUUCCUGUUUGAGUCCCUAGCAACCACAAAUGAAGUCCUACUGGGCUCCAUUCUCUGUUGUCUACUCCAGUUUACAGACAGUGAAAUCUUCUUCAAGAAUCAUCACAGUGUCUAUGGUUUGGAGUCAAUACUUCGUGGGACUGAACAGGCCUUGAGGCUGAGGAAUCCACAGACUGUGACACCUGCAAUGAAAUUGUUGGCCAUCCUUCUUGACAAGCACCCUCCUGGUAUUUCUUUAUUCAGCAAUGCAGCAAUGCUGGCACAGGCUAUCCAGUUGAUCACCGAUGGUAUCAAGUUCAGCCAACCGACCGUGGCACAGCAAGCUAUCAGGGCCUUGCAGCAUGUGAUCAAACAUUGUCCAAAAGGUGGCGCUCCCCAACCGAAUCUGCUUCUGCCCUUACAAUAUCUGAAACAGCAGGCGGUCACCAUGCUCAAUGAUGUCACCAAUGAGAAGAAAAGGAAAGGUGUCGUGAAGAGAAGAGAUCGUAACGGUGGUCAGAGAAUACAGGUGAAGUUGGAGGAAACAUUGGACCAGAUGGUCAUGGUCUUGGUCUCUGUCUCCAAGUAUGUUUGUGAAUGUCUAGAAGAACCUCGCCUUGACCUCAUUUCCAGUGCUCCUGUUAGUCUUGGCAGCGAUGCUUCGGCUGAGGCCUUGACUACAGCAGGCCUGGCAGAGUUCCUCGUCCUAGCAAGUGAUGAGGUCUGUUUACCUCUUACAAUGAUCUACUGUGAAGAAACACCCAAAGUGCCAGUUCUCCAAUCUGUCUACAGGUUCCUGUGUCUCCAGUACCACUUCAAACUACCCGUGAUGCAUUCGAUAUCGAAGAAGUAUGCUGAAACUGAGUUCAUUUGCUUUACAUUAGAAACCAAGGGCAAAUUCAGAGACAAAAACCUGCAGGAAGAUAUAGAAGACUUCAUGAUGCAUGUCUGCUCGGACCUAUUCAGUGCCCAUCAUGGUUACACUGACACCAUGGCUUACAAGACUCAGCUGACACAGGGUUUGCCACAUCUACAAGGCUGUACAGAAGAUCUGUUGUCCUUGUUGUCCGAGACUGAUGAUAAUGAGUCAAGUUGGGUACAGUCGGCACAGAUCAUUUACAUCAGUAUCAUGUUCUUUGAGGCCUAUUACACUAACAGUUGCAGACUGUCGUCAGUCCCAGCCUCAGGUUACUGUGAAUCCCUCUCCAACUUCAUCCUCAGCAGGCAUAACCUGUCGUCGGUACCUGACUACUCUUGGUGGCAGAUAAUGUUCCUGUGGGCCAUGCUGACCAAGGGCGUCAUAGGACAACAGAACACUUCAUCCCAUCAUCAGCUCAAAGCACUCUCCGUCCUUGAGGAUGUAGCUAAUGAUCGUACAGUUAGUGAGAGUUUGAUAACAAUGAGUGUUUCUCUGUUGACGUGGACUUUCUCAAACAGUGACUUGGCAGAGUUGGUCGGGACAAGGAUGUUAAAAUUGUGGUUGAGUUCGACUGGCAGGGAAGACAAGGAGAACUACAAUCAACUGGUGGCAUUGGUUAUGGAAAAUCAACUGUGUCUUCAGAGUUUAUUGGGUCUUGUCUCACUUGGUGAAGAAGACGUAACUGAGGCAGCCGUGAAACUCCUGAAGGCGACCCUCGAGAAGGGUUUGGAGGGGAACCCGGACACAACCACCUUCAGCGCCCUGGAGGAAAAUAUCACCAGCACAACUCUGCAGAUGUGCCUGGCGAGAAAAGACUGGGAUGUGCCGAGUCAUAACCUGGUGGCAAUGUUCCAGAUUCUUGCGCUGAUCAAGAAACAGCAUUGUGACUCAGUCAAUCCGACCAGCGGGGACAUGAAGCUUCUUUAUCAUGCGUGUUGUAUAAUAAAGAAAGAUACUACAUCCGUGGGAUUAUGUGCUGCUGUUCUUGGUUACCUAUGCUGUGUGCUGGUCCAGUCCAAGCUGCAUAAUGAUAUCCAAGGUAUGCUCGCAUACCCAGGACGCCAUCGAAUUACUUGACCUCACGGGCAUGAUAUCCUCAAGGAACGUCACAUCUCAGGCUGCAGUCCUCUGCCUGUGCAGCAGUUACUUCACCACGGAUUGUAGAAC